GCGUUUUUGUUAGUGGUGUUUUUAAAAGAAAGAAAGCAUUAUGUCUGGCAGAGGAAAGGGCGGUAAGGGGCUCGGAAAGGGUGGCGCUAAACGCCAUCGUAAAGUCCUUCGCGACAACAUCCAGGGUAUUACUAAGCCAGCUAUUCGCCGUCUUGCCCGCCGAGGUGGUGUCAAGCGUAUCUCCGGUCUGAUCUACGAAGAAACUCGUGGUGUGCUGAAGGUGUUCUUGGAGAACGUCAUUCGCGACGCCGUUACCUACACCGAGCACGCCAAGAGGAAGACUGUCACCGCCAUGGAUGUCGUGUACGCUCUCAAGCGCCAGGGCCGCACUCUGUACGGCUUCGGCGAGCAAGAAGAAAACAUGCCUGAGCCAGCGAAGUCUGCGCCCAAGAAGGGCUCGAAGAAGGCAGUGACGAAGACUGCCGGAAAGGGUGGAAAGAAGCGCAAGAGGACCAGGAAGGAGAGCUACGCCAUUUACGUGUACAAGGUUCUGAAGCAGGUUCAUCCGGACACGGGUAUUUCUUCCAAGGCCAUGGGUAUCAUGAAUUCUUUCGUCAAUGAUAUCUUCGAGCGCAUUGCCGGUGAGGCGUCCCGUCUGGCUCACUACAACAAGCGCUCCACCAUCACUUCCAGGGAGAUCCAGACAGCCGUGCGCCUUCUGCUUCCUGGCGAGUUGGCCAAGCACGCUGUGUCUGAGGGAACCAAGGCUGUCACCAAGUACACCAGCUCCAAGCUGCUCCGUAAAGGUAACUAUGCUCAGCGAGUUGGUGCUGGAGCUCCAGUCUAUUUGGCUGCUGUGCUCGAGUAUCUCACUGCUGAAAUCCUGGAGUUGGCUGGUAACGCUGCCCGCGACAACAAGAAGACGCGCAUCAUUCCUCGCCACCUGCAGCUUGCCGUUCGUAACGACGAAGAGUUGAACAAACUGCUGGGCGGUGUGACUAUCGCUCAGGGCGGCGUGCUGCCCAACAUCCAGGCUGUGCUGCUGCCCAAGAAGACUGAGAAGCCGAAAGAAGUCGUAAGCAUGGCAAGAACCAAGCAGACCGCACGUAAAUCUACUGGUGGCAAAGCGCCCAGAAAGCAGCUGGCUACCAAAGCGGCACGUAAAAGUGCUCCGGCCACUGGCGGCGUCAAGAAGCCGCAUCGCUAUCGGCCCGGAACCGUGGCUCUGCGAGAGAUCCGGCGUUAUCAGAAGUCCACCGAGCUGCUGAUCCGCAAGCUGCCCUUCCAGCGUCUGGUGAGGGAAAUCGCUCAGGAUUUCAAGACCGACCUGCGCUUCCAGAGCUCGGCUGUUAUGGCGCUGCAGGAGGCAAGCGAGGCGUAUCUGGUCGGUCUGUUUGAGGACACCAACCUGUGCGCCAUUCAUGCCAAGCGAGUGACCAUCAUGCCUAAAGAUAUUCAGCUGGCUCGCCGUAUCCGUGGUGAACGAGAAAGGGACUUGUCUAUUUUCGUUUCAAAUUCCGAAGUAGUGAUGUCUGGUCGAGGAAAGGGAGGUAAGGGCCUGGGAAAGGGUGGCGCUAAGCGCCAUCGUAAAGUCCUUCGUGACAAUAUCCAGGGUAUUACUAAGCCAGCUAUUCGCCGUCUUGCCCGCCGAGGUGGUGUCAAGCGUAUCUCCGGUCUGAUCUACGAAGAAACCCGUGGUGUACUGAAGGUGUUCCUGGAGAACGUUAUUCGCGACGCCGUUACCUACACCGAGCACGCCAAGAGGAAGACCGUCACCGCCAUGGAUGUCGUGUACGCUCUCAAGCGCCAGGGCCGCACUCUGUACGGCUUCGGUGGUUAAGCGUGAAAGCAACAGCGAGUGAAUCUACAAACCCAAAGGCUCUUUUCAGAGCCACCCA